CAAACAUACAUCGCGACAAUCGCUAAAUCGACCAAGAUGUUCAAGCAACGAUCUCACGAGACUCACCACAACACUCACGUCCCCGAGAUUGAGGCUAAUCCGGGUGAAUACACCGUCGCUGUCCUCGGCGACAGCCUCUUCGGGCGAUUCAAAACAACCGGUAAAUUCGUGAGCGUCGAACCAUCCGCCGACGAGAUGUUCAAGCUUCGAUCUCACCAAACCCACCACGACACCCAUGUUCCCCAGAUCAAGAACAACCCGGGCCAAUACACCACCGCUACCCUCGGCGCCAGUGAUGUAGAGCGCUUCAAGGUCACGGGCCGAAUCCUGAGCAUCAACGAAGACUCGCGUAUCCUCAACCUCGGUGUUGGGGGUGACAAGAUCUUGAAUGUUCAAUACCGCAUGGACCAAGGUCUCGUCCGCCUUCUCAAGCAGCAUCAGCCAAAUAUCAAGACUAUGUACAUCCACAUGGGAUCCAACAAUCUCAAGAAGCAGGGUCUUCUAAAGGGCGAUGCGGAUGCUUACGGUGCGUUGAUCAAGCAGCUGCGCACUGAGUUUCCUGACAUAACCAUUGUCAUCACUGCGCUGUUCAUCCAGCGCGGUCUGGGUCUUGAUGUGAUUGAGGACGCCAAUAACAAGCUCAAGGCUAUCGCUGAUGAGAAUGAGUGCGAGUUCCUCCCUUUUGGAGAUGACCAGGCGGGGAUUAUGAGUGAGGACAAUGUUCACUUGAACGAGUUUGGGUAUCGCAAGUGGAACGAGAUCCUGGUCAACGACAUGAACAACCACUGAGCAGCACGCUCGUAUCAACUUGGAAAGGAUAAACAGAACCUGCGUGGUCGGAAGACCGCCAUGCAUUUGCAUUUGACGCGAGCGAGCCAAUGUCUUUACAGAACAAGUGCAGGAAUAAACCUGAGGUAUGAUUCUUUACUGGUCCCGAUCGCGAUAUUGUAUGGGGAGUAUCAUGGCCGCGAAAGUUUGGAUCAUUGAAGGAAAGAU